AUGAAACUGCAAGCUAAGUUUGCAACUAAAACUACAAGGUAACUAAAUCCUCUAUGCUACAAAUACAAUUUUAAUAGUAAAAAUAAUAAUUGUUUUCCAGGUAUGUCGACUUCUCGCAAAUUGAAGCUUUCGCCCACGUAAACGGAUCGAUUUUAUAUAAGCGACGUUACGUACGGAUAUAAUGAAUCAUGAAAGAGUCAAGUCCUAAGAUAAACGGUUAGCUGGGAGGCUUUAUAAAAAUAUAACUUGACAAAUGGCACUGUGGACAACACGGUAGACAUUACGAUAAUGACAUGGUAUGUGCAUACCAAAAGAAAUGUGGACAAUAUCUUGCGAACGGCAGAGGCAGCUUUCUAUAGGUACUAUACUUCUAUAGGCUUUUCAAAGUCGCAGUUUAUUUUAUAGUGACUAGUGUUUUAUAAAAUUUCCCUCAGACUUUUGUGUGACGCGAGAAUAAAGUACCUUUAUUUUUCUGAUUGAAGAAUAAAUAAAUAGCCAAUUUUUAUGGAAUUUCUCCCUUCAAACGAUAAAACAGUAACCGAGUUAUUGUUAUUGUUUAAUCAGAUAUAAUAUCAAGUGAUCCUUGAACAACACGAUUCUACUUCCAAUUUUCUUAAAUAAUUUCAAACACUUAUCUACUUCGAGUCAAUUUCGUUCGUUGGCGAAUAAUUUAAGACCGUAAAGCAAUACGAAUAUAAUUCCUACCUAAAUUACCUUUCCUCGCGGAAGGAAUGAAAUGUGCAUUAAAUAAAAUUGACGUUACUAUGAUAAAUGUUCUCAACGUAUUAAAGAGUAUAAUUAAUUAAAUAAUACUUACUUUACUACAAUCUCUUCAGCAUCCUGGUAUCCAAAUACUAACAAAUACUUCAAUUACACGAUUAAUUAUAUUAAUCUCUUAUUCUCUUGGUAGAACAUUCAACGAAUUACCUCUCUUAGUCGAAUCCUUAUUGAAACUCUCCUCGGAUAAAAACAUGAACGUUCUGAGGCCAGCUUUUAACAUAUUAAUCGUUUGCGGAUGUUGGAUGCCAUCGUUCUGUCGAACAUCCUGCGCAAAGCUAUUUUAUAAUCUGUACACGACGUUCGUGAUACUUUUACUGCACAGUUUCUGCAUAUCGCAAUUUUUGAACGUAAUACUGAACGUGAGUACGGCGGACGAGUUGAGCGACAGCUUGUACAUGUUCAUCGCCUCUGUUCUUUCCUGCUGCAAGAUCCUCGCGCUUCUGAUUAACCGCAAGGCGAUUGGAGCUCUUGGCAAGCAGCUGGAACAGGAGCCGUGUAAACCAGUAGACACGCAGGAAAUUAUAGUCCAAAGGAAAUUCGACAGAAGCAUCGGAUCGAUCACGAUUUUCUACACUAUCAUGGUGAUGCUCACAGUUGCCUGUAUGAUAUUAUUCUCGUUCCUCACCGACUUCAGUAAACUCAAGCUCGCGUACAGAGCCUGGCUACCUUUCAACUAUACCGUGCCAAAUUACUAUUACAUGGCGUACGCUCAUCAGAUCGUUGCUCUGAUCGGUACGGCGCUGUUGAACGUGGCCUGUGACGUGUUGGUUUGCGGAUUGUUCGUCCAUGUUUGCAGCCAACAGGAGAUCCUGAAGCACAGAAUAAAGGGACUGACGAAACAAUCGAGACCUGACAUUCGAAAAAUCGUGCGUUUCCACGAUUAUUUGUACAGGUACACCUCGAUUAUACAAACGAGGUUCAAGGAAAUAAUAGGUAUUCAACUUUUAUCCAGUACUCUCGUGGUGUGCUUUAUCCUAUACCGAUUGUCGAACACGCCAAUAAAUUCCAAAUACGUGGAAUUCAUUCUAUAUUUGGUCUGCAUGAUGAUGCAGAUUUUCUUUUACUGCUGGUAUGGCAAUCAACUGAAAUUGAAGAGCGUCGAGGUUGUGGAUACAAUUUUUGAAAUGGAUUGGGUGUCGCUCGAUAACCACACGCAAAAGUGUUUGAUCAAUGUAAUGAGAAGAGGCAUCAGUCCGAUCGAACUGACCUGUGUCUACGUUUUUAAGAUGGACCUGAGAACUUUCGUGAACGUUAUGUGUGCCUGCUGGCGACCACCGUUGCUGUCGCCGUUAAAAAACUUCGCAUACACCAUCUAUCGUUGUUACAUAAUACUGCUGGUGUAUGGUGGCACAUUUCUUCAAUUCGUUGACCUGAUAUUCAUCGUGGAGACUCAAGACGAGUUUUGUGACAACGUUUACCUAACCCUGGCAUUUUUCAUUUCGUGCCUCAAGAUGUACAGCGUGUUGUCCAGCCGUGGGAAUAUCGUCGCCAUGAUGAAUAUGCUCGAGACCGCGCCCUUUCAACCUGAGACGAAGGAAGAGAUCGAGAUUCGAGAAAAAUGUGACAAACAGACCAGAUCGAACGCGUUUUAUUACGCACUUCUAGUCGAAUCCUCAGUAGCAGCAAUAUCGGUGUCGACGUUGCCAAUCGGCGGACUGCACAAAGAUGAAAGUGGCAAGUUAAUUUUUCGAAUGUGGGUGCCUAUCAACUGCACUUCGAUAGCCAGGUACAGCUUCAUUUACGUUCAACAAAUUUUAAGUUUGACGUUCAGUGCUCUGUUGCACGUCGCCUGUGACAGCCUCAUAUGGGCUCUGUUGAUGUUCACCUGCAACCAGAUCGAAAUCUUCGGUCAUCGUCUGAGACACAUCAAACGAGACCAGAACGAAACAACGAGACUGUGCAUUCGUUACCAUAAUCUCAUCUAUCGGUACGGUAUACCAUUCGCCAGGAUGAUAAGUAAAGAGUUUGAGUUGGUAAUUUUCGUUCAAUUCGCAACGAGCACGCUGACGAUAUGCAUCAAUCUCUACAUAUUAACGGGAACGAACCUCUCGUUCGAAAGGCUUUUGCAAUUGACUAUGUACAGCAGCUGCAUGUUAACGCAGAUAUACAUUUUCUGCUGGUACGGGAACGAAGUUAAGUUAAAGAUUCGUUGUCUGCUUUUCGUUCAGAGCCUCGACAUUUCCAACAUGAUCUUCGAACUCGAUUGGCUACCGCUCAAACAGACCACGAAACACGACUUGUUGAUGGUUAUGAUGCGUGCAACGUCUCCCAUAGAGAUGACCAGUGCUUAUGUCGUGACGAUGAAUCUGGAGUCAUUCGUGAUCGUUAGUAUGAAGAAAUUUAUACUUGUUUGAUAUUAGAACUGCCAAUAAUAUUCUUUAAUAUACUACAAUUAUGCAUAUCUAUGUACAAUAUAUAUGCGAAUUCAUGAAAGAUUUAUAAAUGCAAAUAACAUGCAAAAUAUGUAAAAUGUAAAAUAUUCAAACUAAAGUGCUCUUUAGGAUAUUAAAAAAGAAAAAAAAAUUUCUAUCUGGCUGUGAUACGUUUUCAAUGUUCACGAAUAUCCGCACUCCGAUUAUACAUUCAGUUAAUUAGAAUUAAAGCAUAUUUAGAUGAUAAUGAAUUCUCAAUAAACCUAUUAUUAUAAUGUUAAAUGUAAUAAAAAAAACAAGUUAAUAUUAAUGUAAUAAAAAACAAAAAGUUUGAUACUCUUGCCGCAUUGCUAGUUCCAGUAUGCCAUAACGAUGCAAUCAGUAUUUUGUACCAUCGUGAUUCUUUCUGUCGCAGUUGUUGAAAACUUCUUACUCGGCGUACAACUUGCUCCAAAGUAGCAGAGACUAGCGAACCAGGCAAACAGAUACUCCACCAUGGCGAUUAGCGACAAACUACGGCGAGACGAAUGGAAGAGAAAUUUUCUCCUUCGUAGAAGAGAAAAAGUAGAGUCUACGUUAAAUAAAACAAUAAAUAAUAUAUAAGAGCAUUAGGUUAACAGGAACUUUUCCCCUCUAUCGUUGGUACGAAGCCUUUUAAAUAUUUAUAUAUCCCUAGUUCUAAUCCACCAAGUUAAUAAUUUAUAUAUUUCAAAUUUCAUGUAAUUGAAAUAUUAUAUAUUUUUACAAGUGAAAUUCAAAGAUACAGUUCUGACGAUUAGCUGGCUCGUUCGAGCGAACUCGAUCGAGAGUAUUCGUGGCAGUUAGUUGUUCUUAAUAUUUUCGAGCGGAGAAUUUAUGCUCGUCGAACUGAAAUUUUCGUCGAUUUAAUGGAUAUUUGUCCAAAUUGUAUUUCAAUGAAUUAAAUCGGCAGAAACAUUGUUUAUCAAGCUUAUUGCUAGACCUGAACCCUCCCGAAAAUAUAUGAAAAUUGAUUGAUCAGCUUGGCGCGCAAUUUAUAAAUACGCCAAGAAUUUCAGAGAAACAGAGCGUAGAAAAAUUCAAAGAUGCCUUCUCUAAGAUGGUCAGGCUUUCAUUGAUCUAUCACCGUCCAUUUGACAGUCUUCGUGGAAGAGAGUUUUGUACAGCGUCUACACGAUCGCCGUGUUACCAUUGCUCUUCAGUUUCGAGAUUUUCCCGUUUCCGGUUCUGGAUGA